AUGUCGCGACGAGGAAAGGGAGGUGGAGGUUGUAAGUUCAGGAUCUCUCUCGGUCUCCCGGUAGGAGCAGUCAUCAACUGUGCGGACAACACCGGUGCGAAGAACUUGUACAUCAUCUCUGUGAAGCGAGUCACUGGAAGACUUAACAGGUUGCCAGCCGCUGGAUGCGGUGACAUGGUGAUGGCCACGGUGAAGAAAGGCAAGCCAGAACUGAGGAAGAAAGUCAUGCCGGCAGUUGUGAUCAGACAGAGGAAGCCCUACAGACGCAAGGACGGUGUGUUCAUCUACUUCGAGGACAACGCUGGAGUCAUUGUCAAUGUAAAGGGAGAGAUGAAAGGAUCUGCCAUCACUGGACCGGUUGCCAAGGAGUGCGCUGACCUGUGGCCUAAAAUCAGUUCUAAUGCUUCCUCUGUCGCAUAA